GUGAUCAUCGGUUUUGGUUUCAGCUUAUAGCUUUAGCUUGCGUAUAGCCGCCUUCUAUAUAUUCUCUGUGUUCAGAGCUUAUGUGGAUGUUGGGUUUCUGAGUCUGGCAGGGUUUUGAUUUUUCUGAAUUGGGUUUCAAGCAGUUGAGUGAAAGAUUGGAGCUUUUGGUUCUUUGUGGUUUUUGGGCAGCUGGGUUUGUAUUGGUUUUGUUGUUUUGAUUACUGGGAGCUUUUCUUCAAUCAUUUGGAGACUUCUUGAAGGCUUCAUCUGGUGUAUUGUGAACUGAGGUUCAAGAUUGCUGAUAUUGAGUGGAUGGUUUUGUAUUAGACUUGGUUUUAUGGAGCAAUUUGAAGUGGUGACAUUGCUAAUCAAGAAGAAAGCUAGCAGUGACUUUUGAUCAGCUCCUGUUUUUUUUUGAUUUCGUCAGUUGUAGAGUUUUGUUGGAUUUGGAAGUGAUGGUCAAACACUGAUGUUGCAUAUAUAGAGGGUUUGGAAUAGUUGAACUUAGAAUUAGUCAUAUUUGGGAUUUAUGUAUUUGGAAGUUGGAACUACAUAAAGUUCCUGGAGACUGUGAAAAGGUCUGUUGUGUGGUGAGAAGAAGAAUAGAAGAAUAUAUAAAUGCUUCUUUAUCGUUUCGUAGAGAAAAUGAAGAUUGCGCAUAUUAUUUCGUUAAAGAUGGCAGUAACUAUAUUGAGUUUGUUGCUGUUGAUACAAUUGCUAGCAAUCCCUGCCUCCGGAUUAGUCUUACAGUCAAAGGUUUGUAAGGAUCAGUUUGCCCAUGCGAGUUCUAAUGGUCAGGACUUGUUUUACAUAAAUGGGAAUUCAGUAGAGAAAGCUUUGUUCUGUGAUGCUCUUCAGACAUACUAUGCAAAUGGUUGCAUUUUGGAGGGCUACCUUGGAAGCAGAUAUUGUGGAUCGGUCCUUUCACUAGUUGAUUUCCCCUUCAAAACAGGAAGAAAACUUAUGCAAAAGGAGUUGAGAGAUGAAUCCACUUUCCAUCGUGGAGAAGACAAGAACACUUUUGAAUCUUUGUCCACGACCAAAAAAGUUGGAAUAGCAUCAGGUGGAGCGUUAUUGGUGUGUUGUGUUUUCCUUUGCCCCUGCUUUUAUAAGAAAAGGAGAGAAGCUGCUCACAAUGUUCUUGAUGAGGACGUGAAUUCAAUGGAUAAUUCAGCUUCUAAUUUUGAAGUGAAUCAUGCCGUUGAAAAGAUACCGGCCAGUCCACAUCGUGUACCACCUAGUCCUAGAUAUACAAACUCUCCAAAACUAAGUAGACUUGGGUCUGUACAUCUCAAUUUGAGUCAGAUUGCCAGGGUAACCCGCAACUUCUCAAAAUCGCAUCUUAUAGGUGAAGGUGGUUUUGGAACUGUCUACAAAGCUCGGCUAGCUGAUGGCCAGGUUGUUUCUAUAAAACGCGCAAAGAAGGAACUCUUUGAGAAUUUGCAAACCGAAUUCAGUAGCGAAGUCGAACUUCUGGCCAAAAUUGAUCAUCGGAAUCUUGUAAAGCUACUAGGUUAUGUGGAUGAAGGAAAUGAACGAUUGAUCAUCACAGAGUUUGUGCCGAAUGGUAAUCUUAGAGAACAUCUGGAUGGUCUACUUGGGAAAACCCUGGAGUUCAAUCAGCGACUUGAAAUUGCCAUUGAUGUUGCUCAUGCCCUUACUUAUCUUCAUCUAUAUGCAGAAAAGCCAAUCAUCCAUCGAGACGUGAAAUCAUCCAACAUUCUUCUGACAGAAAGUAUGAGAGCCAAAGUUGCUGAUUUUGGAUUUGCCAGGCUUGGUCCGAUGGAUACUGAUCGAACACACAUUUCAACUAAAGUGAAAGGAACUGUUGGCUACCUAGACCCGGAGUAUAUGAAAACAUAUCAACUCACUGCCAAAAGUGAUGUCUACUCAUUUGGGAUAUUACUUAUAGAAAUCGUGACAGGUCGCCGUCCAGUGGAGUUGAAGAGACCAGUUGAAGAGCGUGUCACUCUCAGAUGGGCAUUUAAAAAGUUAAAUGAAGGACGUAUGAUGGAAUUGAUUGAUCCUGCAAUAGAGGAAGCUGUAGAUGCAGACGUGCUGAUGAAAAUCUUUGAUCUGGCAAUCCAGUGUGCAGCUCCAGUUCGAGCUGAUCGGCCAGACAUGAAAGCAGUGGGAGAGCAGCUGUGGACAAUAAGGGCAGACUACGUUAAAAGUCUCAAGAGAGGGUAGUAAUGUCGCAAGAGGCAUCCCCCUCCCUCCCUCUGAUUCAAUCAGAGCUGUGAAUUCAACUGCCCUGUAAAAUGUAUAUUUGGUUCGUGGACACAGUUUGGUUUGCAUUUUGCCUUUUUCUCAGCAUCAUUCUUAACUUCGGAACGUUAGAUACUUGAAUGUUGAGUAUAUUGGCAUCUGAUAAGAUUGUGAUUGAGAGAUGGAAAGAUUGAUUCGCUCAUUUCUGUUUCUUGGACUCUUUGAAUAACCAUCAGAUAAUAGUAAAACCAUCAUAUUCCCAGAACCAAGGUGUGCAUUGUAAGGUAAAUUGGAUCAGUUCAAAUUUUGUAACAAAGAUCUGGAAUUUCUAGAACAGGAGAUUCCAAUACAGUGAAUGUAUAGAUCAUCUGAGCUGUAAAGUGUUCCGCAAUGUACAAAUUCCACUAGAGAAACUUCGUUCUGUUAUUCCCCUAGUUAACAAUAAUGUUGUUUGCUAGCAUUAU